UUAAAACAUGACAUACCGUCGUCGCCUCGACUCUUCACGUGCGCCACCUCAGCCUGACCGACCCUUUCUUUUAAUUUAGCAAUGCUGCUAAACGCCCCGAAGCAUCCUGUAUUUCGGACACUGGACUGUGUGGGCAUCAUCAACGAACCGAUCAAAUCCAGGGACAUGUAUGUGUACAGAUGGUCAGUGGAGAGCGAGUCGCCGACUGCACCUAGGACUCUGCACGAGCUCCUGUCAUCGACCUUCAAACCGUCGCUGACAUGCCGCUUUUCGCUCGCCCACCAGCUCAGCCGUGCUCUUUUUUACAUGCAUUUGGCGAACCGGAUGCACAAGUCGUUCUCAAGCCACAACGUUCUCUUCUUUUCAGCGUUCUCUGACUCACCAAGGACAUUGAACAAUCCGUACAUCGUCGGAUUCUCAUAGGCUCGCCCAGAUGCCGCGGGGCAUCCAAGUGAGAAACUGGAUCGAGAUCCUGGUUGCAACAUCUACCGCCAUACGGACUGCCUGGAGGAGGGCUAUGCAGGUUUCCGCAAGACCUACGACGUGUACAGCCUUGGGUUGGUUCUUUA